UCUCGUGUAGUUUCCCUUCGACUUGGUGAGUCUUUUGUUGCUAGUUUCCGUGGAGAAAAUACUCACAUCAUUUUAUCAAAUACUGCUGCUAACUUGUCGGUAAAGACACUUAAGAACAGCUCAGCAGAAUAUAUACAGGACGAACGUGCUUAUUAUAUAUUGAAGCCUAGCUGUCUAUAAAUGUCACUUCACACCAUCACUCCGGCUGGGUAAUAUGGAUGCACCGAACAAGAAUUCCAGAGGAAAUAGGCUUUUUCUACCGAAAAUUGAAUACACCAGACUUGAAAAUAGUGUGCCCACAUUAGAAAAUCAUGAGGGAAAUGAAGACAUUAAUUUCAAUGAAGACACAGAAAACACUAGCGAAGGAAGCAAUUAUAAUACAAACAAACGAAAUGUGGGACAUAGUGAAAAACAGUCAAAGGAUCGACCAUCUGYUACUUUCACCAAAUUUUCAGUUUUGCCUCCGAUACGUAGCAAUGGAACAACGACAGGAAAAUAUUACAAGCACAUGAGUAAAAGCCUUUCCGAUGACAAAUUUGACGACGAACUAUCAUAUCGAAAAGCAGGGAGCUUACUGAGGCGCCAACCUGCUCUUUUCCAUAAAGAGCGCGGAGACGGUACAACUAACRCAAACACAGGAAAUCUCCAAAUUGUUGGCCAAAGUUACAAGGGGAAUUUYCAUCCAUCGAUUUUAGAUAAAAGGAAAAGCCAGCAUUUGAUAGCUCGAAGACCUUCUAGUACGCCACAAAGUGGCAGCAAACAGUGCAAUCAAGAGAGUGACUACCGAACACAACGGCUUACAAAAUUUAAGCGAUUUAAUUCAGAGUCUUCUCAAGAUACCAAUCCCAUUUAUCGAAAUACUUCGAGAUUAAUUCCAUCAAAUGAAAAAAAUAUGCUUUUAUUGAGUCCUACCGACCUCAAACGAGGUUCUUUGCUGUCAGUGAACAGUCAGCCAAGCCGACCGGUAAGCCGGUGUCACAUUGACAUCAAUAUGAAUGAUACAGAAACCUUAAUGCAACCGAAAGAAAGCGAAAAUCGUUCCUGCUCGGUUGCUGUAAACGCUCUUUCAGAAGAUACCGAGGAUUAUGAUUUCAGCCGUUCAACCUCUGCGCCUCUCGUCCAAAUCUCGAAUGAAGAUAACGAUUCGAAGCCUCCUUCUAUUCAAAUYCUAAUUGAUACUUUAGAAACAGCUAAAACUGAAAUCCCAGAAAAGCUUGAAUUACCGAAAAUGUCUGUAAGAGAGCAGAGAAGGCGUUCUGCACUAUGCAGAGUUAACUCGAAGCAGGUUGAUGAUUUUUUAUUGGUUCAUAAUUUAAAAGACCUUGGUCUUUUGUAGAUASAAGACCUUUUUGAUCAYGAUUUUCAUCCGUAAAAACCGAAAAUCUGUCUUGUUUAUACAAAGAACCGACUGACAAGGCAUAUCUCAAGAGCGUAACUAGGCACUGCCAAGAACUAACGAAAGCAAGCGAUUAUUCAUCUCACUAGGCUUUUGAGAGUUCUCAAUUGACACAAAAAACGACUAYAAUAAAUCUAGCUCUUAUCGACGGGAAUAUCUUAAAAAGCAGGUGAAACACGGCUUAGGCCAGUUUUAAAUCGCAACUUAURAAAUAAACUCACUUAAGAAUCUAAAAGCUCAACUUCAAGUGAGCCAAAAAUUUGCUGAAGAGUCUGACCGCUAGCUAGCUCUUUCRGUUUCUGWGUCGGAAAGUAGAUCAAUACUUUAUAAAUCUGUUUCCAUAUUUUUUUGAAUGAUGAUAUUUUGUACGCGAUAAUAACCAUUACCCUAGUUGAAAGCUCUCUUUUAAAAAGCAUAUAUAUGUAUAUAUAGAGAGAUAUAUUCCCCCCGGUGGGUCGCUCUUUGCAGCUGUUUCAACAGCUGACAUAUGCAUUAGUAAUAAAACCUUCAUUAUAUUCCAAAAAUCAUACGAUAAAUAAUGCAUGUUACAAAUAGUAAAGUGUUCUUUAAUUAUAACAAGCAUAUAUUCAACGAUUUUUUGGAUUAUUUCAUUGUGAAGAAAAGCGACUAAUAUUAAAUUAGCUCCCGCUGUUUUCCUAUAUUUUUUAUUAACGCUUUUGUUUUGGAUCGUUCCAUGCAUAUUUCAAGGAUCGGGCCAAAACCUUGUAACUGAAACAUUUUUUAAAUUGACGUUUUGCAUUUUUAUGUAUUUCGUAUUUGUCGCUUUAUAGUACGCGGAGAAAGCCUGCAAUAGCUAAAGAGUUUAUUUUCUCAUUCCUGGCUGUUUAGGUUGCCAUGACUACUUAUAUAAACCUCUUAACUAUGUAAGUAAACUAGUUUUAUUUGAUAAAUCUCUAGAUUUGAAUAACAUAUGUACGAUAGCGAAAGGAAGAUGACACGGAAAAUGGAACAAAUUGUCACUACCGUUUUGUUCAAUUUUUAAAUCUUUUUUUCAUUGUC